AUUUUCCAUGAAUUUGUACUGUAUGCAAACAACAUGCUGUUAUCAGUAGCCAAGAAAAUUUACUUCUGAAGCUGCUGCUUUUUUGUGUGAGGCAAAGUUCCAGUUUAAUUUGUCUUAAUUUUAAAAGAUUGAAUGUUGCUGAAAUGUUUCAUUCAUGUACUGCAUUUUGCAGGAAGGAGAGAUCCCUCUGAAUCACCAUAAAUGCCUUUUUUUGCAAUCUAUAUGUGUUUGAAGCACUAUUUUAAUCAGUAUAAUAUAAAGUAGAAAAGUUAUUUAUUCCUGUAAUUGUGAAGUAAGCAUUACUGUUCACAUACUUUAUCAAAUUUCUGAGCUAGUUGUUAAUCAUCCCUCAGGAUGUUUCACUUCCUCUGUCUCAUUCUUACAUAUGAUGUGACACUUGCAUCUGUUCAUCUUACAUGUUUGUCAUUAAGAUUUCAGGUAGUUUAAGCUGUUUUAUGAGGUUCAGAACUGCAAAAUUUCCAGUCUUUUUGAUGCAGUUAUGUUUUGGUCACUCUGGUUUUGGUGAGACACAUGCUUACCUUCGGGGGGAGUAUUGAUGAUGUGUAAGUACCUGGAUCUUAAGUCAUCUUUUUAAACACUCUGAGAGGCAAGUUAAACCAGAAAGUCAGUUCACUGACUAUAAUCAAGACUCAACUGGCUCAGUGCUUAUUGUAGUGCAGUUGAGCUUCAGCCUCCCAAGUUUGCAGCUGGUUCUAAAUGAGCAGGCUCUUGAACAGUGAUUUGAAAGGCAUAGUUCAGUGCCUGUGCUCUGUGAAGUGCCUUUCACUCUAAUUGCAUGCCAGGUGACGUAACUUGAAACAAUUGAAGCAGAUGUAAUUGCAAGGUAGAAGAUAGUUUUGGGAGAGUAAAACUAGGUGACUCCUGCAAUAAAUAAGGCUGAAGGAACAUCACGGAUUUUUUGGUCACAGACUCCCAGCUAGGUCUGGUAUGAUCAUCUGUCAAAGUCUGUGGCACAGAGAGAACCAGGAAAACAAAUGCAGAGCAGAAGAUGGACUACCCAGAAAUGAGGCACAUGGUAGGUUGGAAGAUGGCAGAAUGCACUACUGGAGAUUGGUUAAUUUUGAAUGUGGUUUGGAGGCUUUUUUGUCAACCAAGGUAAAGUUUCUACUGAGUCAAAUAAACUGCAAACAAGUAUUGCAGUGUUAGAGGAAUCCCCUUUGCAGUAAAGAAAGGCUGGCAUUUUCUCUAAUUGUCUGCUGUUCUUUAUAGGUAACAGCAGGUAGCCUCUCAAGUAGGGGCUUAGAAUAGUAAUAGGAAUGUUUCAGUGACAGAAAGAAAACUUCCUGUAACUAGUGACAAUAUCCAUCUGUGUUUUAUGUUCAUAUGUUCAAGGUUCAACUGAACUAGAUCAUGGGUGAAAGGUUAAAAACAAGGUAAAGGUAAAGCAGGGCUUGCAGGAACACAUCUUUCCUGAUUAAAACCAGAAAUUUGACCUAGUUCCAAGUGCAACAGAGAGUCAGGCUGAAGUGUAGAGGUCUUGAUUUUCUGGCUGUCUUGAUGGAGAAAAUACUGAAUGCAUGGCUUCAGUAUAAUCUCUGAGAGAUGAUGCCUAGUCAGUAUAGUCAGGAAGACAUAUAUAACUUGUGUAGCUUUUGAAAGUUAGUAUAUACAUAUAUGAACCCCUAAAUGAUCUUAUACUUAAUUGAGUUAAGCUGAAAAAUACCUCUAGAUGAAAAAGAACAGACAUUCUGACUUUUUUUUUUUUUCCCCUCAAUGCAUUUUCCAGACUCCUGCAUGUUGUGGAACAGUAACAGAAUCAUAGACUCAUUUAGGUUGGGAAAGACCUAUAAGAUCAUCAAAUCCAACUAUCAGCCCAGCAAUGCCAAGCCCACCACCAAACCAUGGUCCUGAGUGCCACAUCUCCAUGUCUUUUAAAUACCUCCAGACACAGAGGUGCCGGUAACUGAUGAGGGAAAGCAAAUUAUGGAGAUAUGUGCUAGAAGGAAUCUGAGUCUUGUCCACUGAGCUUUCCAGAACUGUCAAAAUCUGGGGAUGAUGUACGAGACCUGAAAAAGUGGCAACAUAGAAGUAUUUCUAGUCAUACCAGAAAAAGUCCUACUCUUGGCAAAUAAUAUAAGUAAAGUUUCAGUAAAUGAUUGAACCAGUCUAAAAGUGUGCUGCUUUUUUAGUGUGAUUCUGCAGUUUUCUGAAUCCUCGGUGAGUUGUUCAAACCAUAAGAGCAGAAAACUAAACCAUGAGAAAGGAGUGAUUAAUUUUCUGCCAGCUAAGCUUCCUGACUUGGUUCUCCAUUGCAUCAGAUGGGUGCCCCUGCUGGCCAAGGGCAGCAAGGUGGGAAGACACAGCCAGGGGUCUGAGGAGGAGGAAUCAUUGUUUUGAGCAGCAACUAAUCAUUCAGUAAGGCAGUUUUACAGUAUGGCAAAGCCAAAAUUAACUCAAACACUGUGCAAAGACGAGGUUCAAAAUAAUGAGGUUUAUCUAUGUAAUAAAUAGCAUAGAAUAAUUCGUGUUACAGUGUAUAUAAAAUGUGAUAUGUUCUGUAAAAUAAAAUGCACAAGCAGGCUGGGAGUGAAACCAGUGAAUUUAGGAUGAACACCACCCACUGCCAGGAAUCCAAGAGGGACAAUACCCUUGCCUGGAACUCAUGAAGCACAACAUUAACAACAGAAAAGAAGGUGGGCCAAGAACAGAUCGACCCUCCUGGGCAAUGGAGCUGUGAAAUGUCCCGAAAACAAGAGUGAUAGAGAUCUAGCAGCAGUAUCAGGAAAAUGCCUCUCCAUUCACAAUUUCAUCUCCCCAUUCAUGCUUUCCGAGAAACUAAAUUACAUUUUUCCUCGGAAGCACCAUUCAGCAAGACUGGAUGGCAGAAAGAGACUCAUAUGAAUUUGAAGGAAAAGAAAGAAGACAAAGAACUAUAGAUAAAUACUCUGCCACCGGCAAAAUAAACUGUAUAUAAGGAGACCCCUAAAAGAACUGAAUUUGUGAACAAGGGAAAAUACAGCGCGCUAGAGGCCGUAGUUAAGGUUCACCCAUUGCGGAUCCCGGGACUUGACACUGAACUUCCGAUUGCUGGCUUGUCCAAAACUUUUGUUUUGUUAAUUCUUUAAUUAAUAAAAAUAUUAAUUUGGAAUUAGCUGAACGUUUAUAACAAUCUAGUUGAUAGGAACAUUCCUGAUCUUUUUCUGAGAAUUGUGCUCACCUCUGUGAGUUGUAGCAUAUAGAAAAGAACACAGUAUUUUAUAUUUCACAUUAGGAUAGUCAUGGAUAAUUGAAAUAGAAAAUAAAACAUUUUUGAAGUGAAAUGAGGGGGAUAUGGAAACAUUAAUUCAGAUGCACAUCAGAAAUCAGGAGAAAGAGUGCAAAUCUAUUGUUUUACUUUUAGAUAGACUGAAAGAUUUUAAAUCAAUAAAAAAGCCAGAGUUUUACUGAAAAGUAGCAGCCAGUUGUUCAGUUUCUGCCAACAUUUUUUUUAUUCUUUGAACCAGACCACCAAAUACUGGUGGUCAGUGCUUUAGUUCCAGAUUUAUCUUUUAGUUGGCACACAGCUAAAACUCCCAGGGAGUUUUGGUGGUGACCCUCCAGAUGGGAAUGACAAAAUAACUCAGACAUCCUCCCAUUUAUCAUAUCAUUCCUUCUUUGGAUAUCUUUUUGGGGUCAGGUGUGUGUGGAGUGAUGUACAGUGGCACAGUAAUUAAGAAAUUGCCUUUUGUUGCUAUGAGAUUUUUUCCUGUAUGUCAAGUGCUCAUAUUGAAAGAGAAUGUGCAGCUUCUCUCACGCCUGUUAAUGUAAACACUGGCCAUGUUUUGCUAACUGUCUUUCUUUGUUUACAUAUUUCUAGUUGGGAGGAGAAAAGGUGAUGGACAGUUAGUUUGACCAGUGGGAUUGAAAGGUGGGAAUUUAAUCCUCCAAUGGAUGGACAUUAUAGGAGAUGUAUAUAAGUUACUUUGUAAAUAAACUUGAGGAGUUCCUGCCUCCUGCUCGGAUCUGCUCGCAACCCAGAAAAUGUCUCCUGAGUCCCUCUCUUAUCAUCAGGAUCAGCUGCGGCAUCUGGCGCCUCACCGUGGUUAGGUGGCAAGCUAGUGAGACAAGGAAAAAAGAAGAAAAAAAAAAAUCUGUCUUCCACAGCUGCAAAAAGAAGAAACCCACGAUGUUCUCAGAGAAGAAACUCCUGUUGGAACUGUUCCAGUCCCUUCUGAUGUCCCGUGACGCUGACCUGACGAGGACUCACGUAAGAGAACUAUAUGCCUGGGGAGAAACCCAUGGAGUUUUUUGUAGUGCUGGAAAUGCACUCUAUAUUGGGCCAUGGAAAACCCUGGGGAAAAGCCUUUUUUCAUCCAUCCUGGACAGAGAUAUGAGAGCAAGCGCUCUUUUGGGAGCAUGGGCGAAAGUUUUCUUGCUUCUAAAAGAGGCUGGAGAAGAUUUUGAAGUUGAUUCUGGGUUUUCGACAGAGAGCAGGACUUCCCCUGCAAGCUCUGUCGCUUUCGACGAUGAAUGCUUUGAGGCAGGGGACGAGCAGGAGGCCCCCACCCCUAUAUCGGGGGUUGGGCGUGGCCAGCGUGGCUUUUGGAAGGGCUGGGAAGCUUUUUUCAGUCCGCUCCCCGCGCGCUCGGGAGCCGGGGAGCCGAGGGGGCGGAGCGCUCGGCAUCGGGCCCCGCACCAAGCGCGGGGGACCGCUGCCCCGGGCCGCCGUGCCGCCGCGCCGCCCGGCCCCGCCCCGCCGCCCCCCGCGCGCUCCAGCGGAGGAGCCCGGCAGAGGCGGCUCCUGCGCCGCCCUGGCCCCCGCCCGCCGCGGCCGCGGGGCCUGCUGUGCUGCCACGCGGAGCCGCGCAGCUACGGCCCCCCCCGCUCCCCGCGGGGGGGGGCCGCCGGCCGAAGCCCCCGCGCUGUGCGCGCCGCCCGCACCGCCCCUGGCGCUCAACCCCUGCCGGCCGCCGCGGCCGCGGUCCCCGCCGUGCCUCCGCCCUCCCUGCCUCCCGUGCGGCCGGCGGAGGGCGGGCCGCCCUCGCCCGGCGCCGCGUGGGCUCAGUCAGAGCAGCCCAGCGGGGGCGGGUCUGCCCCGCCUUUCCCUGCCCCCCACCGGUUGUUGCGCGCGGGUCCUCUCCUCCCGCCACCCCGGCCCGGGCCGCCCUGCACGGAGCCGCAUGUGCUGCGGCGGCUCCCCCCGCGCCGGGCAGCCCCGCCGCGCGGCCCCACCGCGCGCCCCCCCCCCGUUCAGAGGGGGGGCGCAGAGCACUGGAGCCGCCGCAGAGCUGCUGCCGGCUCGCGUGGCCCCGCCCACCGACCCAUCAGCUGA